GCCAUUCAAGUCGUAAAAACAGACCAUGGACUACUCCACCAUCAUCUUCAUAGCAACUCUAGCUAUCGCGUUUCUUUUCUUAAGAUGGUUGAUCGCACCUAUUCCACAAACUAACGAGUUUGAUAUUCCACCAACUGCAUCAAGAUCUACAGCCGCGACCACGUCAGCUAAUGCAUCCGCCACAACCACCACCAGUUCCCAGCGUAGAAAUAGAAGACCAGUGACCGAUUCAAUGAUCGAAGUUGUCCAAACUAUCGCACCUGGCUUGACUCGUGAACAAAUCAGGUACGAUUUAGAAAAUACCGGAUCGGUAGAGUUGACAGUGGAAAGAUAUAUGGAGUUGGGCGAUUUGCCAUUCCCACCAGGGUACACUCCUUCACCAGCUCCCCCAGCUGAACCGGAAACUGGCUCAUCAAGUUCAAAUUCAACAAAAGCAGUUUCUGGCAAGCCAGUUAAUUUGUUGGAAAAGUAUAAUGUUGAUGUUGAUUCCGGGUACGAAGGUCAAACUCUUCUUCAAAGAAAACAACAGAUGAUUGCUAAUGCGAGAAAGAGAUUAGAAAAGCAGUUAAGAAAUGAAAUUGAUUUAUAGAAUGUGCAUUUAUGUAUAUAUGUAUAAUUAUGAUACAAGCGUUGGUGUUAUCCUC